AUGUCAUCCGAUAGUCAAUCAACACCCUCGAACACGACAAGUACUUAUGAGUCAUCCUUAGACCAAUUACGUUCAUUAUUGCCCAAUUCCGAUGCGAAAGGAAUGUCAGAUUAUGAUGUCGUUCGAUCAGCAACUGAUUAUAUUCAAACAUUGAUGAAAGAUACUGGCGUAGCAGACUCGAACACAACGGAAAGCAAAACAUGGUGA